UCGAAGGCUUUCAUGAAAACUAUUAUGCUAACCUUCUUCAAAGGAUGAUUUCAUUUUUACUUCCUUUCAUUACUAUGGUAGUAUUUUGUUAGUGUUCUCCAAUAACCUCUAUUUAUAUUUCUCCAGUUUUUAGUAUUUCUGUCAAAAUUUCAGUUGUCCAAAAACACAGAAGACUGACUUUGCAGGUUCAUCUUGUAGUUAAUGUCUAGUCCAUAAUUUAAAUUUUAUUUGGUUGACUAAGGCAGACAGUUCACUCUGACUCCAGACUUGAUACAGUCCUAAAUGGGAGCGUUGGAAACUUGACACCAAGACAAGAAGGUAAACCAAUGACGGUUGAAUAUUUUGUGUCUCCAUAUGACCAACUGGAGGAUCCAGUCAUGCACGGCCGUUUUGGAGAAAUUCUACUGGUGACCGUUGAAGGAACGAGCUUGACAUACAGGCUACCUAUUUCACCUUUGCUUGUGGAUUCAAUGGAGCACAAUGAUGAAAGGUAUGCUUGAGUGAGUGUCUUUGUUCCCACCUUUGGAUGAUGCAGUAAGCAUGGAGCUGCCAGCCUGCUUCUUUCUGACGUUUGCCCAUCCUCUUCCUGUUCUCUCCAUUUUAAUUGAAAGACUACAAAGUUUAACAGGAAUUUCCAUUAAUAUGGAGCUACACAGGAAUAAUUUUUUUUGAACUUUUAAUAAAAACUGUACUUGAACAGAGGAAGUGUGAAAUACAAGAUAUGAGGACGCAGUCUUAUUUUUUACAAUCUCUUCCAGGUGAUGAGGUCCAAAGCUAUAUCCUUUCCCAGUAUGUCCCUGGAAACCAAAAGAGGCCAUUGGAAGGUGUUCUGCUUAGCAAAAUUCCAUUCAGCCAUCCAGAACAGGUUCCUGCUAUCCUAGAAGUGCUCCGCCAUCAGUGUGCAUUCAAUACCCUGUUAAGCAGUUGUAUCUCUACAAGCAGGUCUGACUGCGCAGUCUCUGGAGCUCGGCAUUUUGAGGUUUAUCCUUCAUCUGAUAUGAGCUUCUGUAUCACCUUUGAGCAUCCCACCAUGGUGUCUUUAGCAACAGUACUUGUGAACGUAGUCAGCUCAAGGCACAUUCAAGGCACAUUCUAUAAGUCGGAAAAAAUGGAAGCAUCAAUGGAUGAUUUCAUUUCAAGGGUUCUUCAGCGAUGCAUGUCCAUCCCUGUCACUAUGAGGGCCAUUUGUAGAAAAAUGCACAAACUGAAGAGUGCUUCCCUUGUUGAAGUAGGGAGUCCAUGCCAACCUGAAGCCGUAACCAACUAGCUGUUCUCACAUUUCCCAUCCGAUCCAUAUUACU